AUGAGGUUCUCAACUCCCCUACUCCUGCUCGCCUCGGCCCUUCUGGUCGGCAUCAACGGUGCCCCAGCUGGAACGGACGUCGCCAGAGGAGACUUCAAUGAACUUGGCCCCCAGGCCGACAUUCCCCAGAUCAAUGGUCGCGAUGUAGCCGCUGUUGAACAGCCUAAUGCUGCAUUGGCCGCCCGCGGCGGUGACGACACCGAACUCCAGACCCGUCAGCUGCUAGGCCUGCUCAAGAAGGUCCUCGGCAAGAAGAAGAAGAAGAAGGCGAAGAAGGCCAAGAAGGCCGCGAAGAAGGCUGCGAAGGCUGCCACCCCGGCGAAGGCCAAGGCGAAGGCGAAGGCGACGACUCCUCCAGCCAAGGCCAGCAACCCGCCUCUUCCGGCUGCUCCUCCACCAGCUGCUCCGCCCGCCGCUCCUCCUGCCGCCGUACCGCCCGCCGCUGUCCCAGCCGCUCCUCCCGCAGGCGCUCCGAAGAAGGCCUCUGGUGCUGGCGCUGCCAACGCAGGUGCUGCCGCAGCUGGCGCUACUCAAGGUAAACAGCCUCCACCAAACAACAACCAACCCGCUCCUGUUCCCGCCGGAGCCGUCGCGGCCGGGGCUCUGGUCGGAGGUGGUGCUGCUGCUGGUGCUGCUGCGGGUGGUGUCAAGCCCAAGCCGGGCAGCACCCCAGCAACACCGAACCAGCAGCAGCCACCACCGGCCGCUGCUCCCGCGCCGCAAAAAGGCUCCGAUCCAAAUAGCCCGGCUCCCGCACCCCCGGGAGCCAUCGAGGCCGGUGCUCUCAUUGGCGGUGCUCAGGGCCCCAAGCCCGGCACGCAGCCUCCGAAGCCUGGUGUCGCCCCUCCCCCGAAGCCAGCCGGAGCGGCAGGCCUGCCCCUAGCCGUUCCGUCGAGAAAUCAAGCCGAGUGA